ACCCAGAAUAAAACCUCGAAGCUUUUGAAGCUUCUCGUCCCCGGGGACGAUGGUGAGGAGUGAGCGGGUGAAACUGGGCACCGGCCUCAAAGGUGCUGGUGAUGUGCAGGGGGGAGGAUCAGGCCCACUUGUUCCCUUUGGGGGAAAAAAAAAAAAAGGCUUGGAAGGAGAAGAUCCCCUUUUCGGUGGACAGAUUGGUUUUGCCUUGGGAUGGAUGCGGUGGACGGACGGGGCCCUUUCGGCCCAUGGGACACAGUGACACAGACACAGGGCACCCACUCGCAGCGGGGAGAGCGCGGACCCCACGGCGCGGCUCCCGGAUCCCCGCGGGGGCAGCGGGCGGCCCCGAGCCCCCCCCUCCAGGCGGCAAAGGGCGGAGCGGGCGGGCGGGGCGCGGUGUCCUCCCGCCCCAUCCCGCCCGUGGGGCCGCUGGGUCGGGGCGCGCAGGGAUGGAGGGUGCGCCCGGGAGAGCCCCGCCGGUCCCGUCCGCCGCCACCGCCGCGGCUCUGCGGUUGGCGUUGGCCGUGCCGGGUUUGCCCGACGGUCCUUUCGGUUGCCCCAUCUGCUUGGAUCUGCUGAAGGACCCGGUGACGGUGCCGUGCGGCCAUAACUUCUGCCAGGGCUGCCUGGGGAAGCUCCGCGGGAGGACGGGCCCCCCCGACGGGGCGGCGGGCGGGGCGGCACGCUGCCCGCUCUGCCAGGAGCCCUUCCCGGCGGCUCUGCGGCUCAGCAAGAACCGCGCCCUGUGCGAGGUGCUGCCGCUGCUGGGGGCCGCCGGGGCCGCGACAUCCCCCGACGGCGCGGGGUCCCCCCCGGCUAUCCCAUCCCCCCAGCCCGGGGCCGGAUCCCCCCCCGAUAGCGCGGGGUUCAGCGGAACGAGACCCACCGGAGCCGGGUCCUCGCCCUCCGGGAUGGCACCGGGAGCCGAAGAGGAGCCGGAGGGAGAAGCGGAGCUGGAGGAGGGGGCUGCGGCGGUGCUGUGCGAUGUGUGCCCCGAGGGGAGUCGGGCGGCGGCGGCCCGCUCGUGCCUGGUGUGCCUGGCGUCCUUCUGCGGGGCCCACCUGGAGCCCCACCGCCGCUCCCCCGCGUUCCGCUCGCACCGCCUCGUAGCCCCGUUGCGGCGCUUGGAAGAAGGGCUGUGCCCGCGGCACCUGCAGCCCCUCGACGGCUUCUGCCGGGCCGAGCAGACCUGCGUGUGCGCCCGCUGCCGCGCCCACGAGCACCGCGGCCACGACGUGGUGCCCCUCGAGAAGGAGCGAGAGCUCAAGGAGGCCCAGCAAGCCAAAUUCCUCAGCAGUGUGGACAAUGAGCUGGAGGAGCUGGCCGUCACCAUCGCACAGACCAGGAAGAUGGUGGAGCUCAUUAAGGGUGUUGCCAGCAAGGAGAAGGAGCGGGUCGAGAAGCUCUUUGCAGAAGCCUCCGAGCUGCUGGCCACCUUCCAGAAGGAGGUGGCCGCCUUCAUUGAGGACAGUGAGCGCUCCAUGCUGGGGGAGGCCGAAGCCGACCUCCGCUGGAAGGAGGAGAGGCGAGCCAAGCUGGCCCAGGGCAAGCAGAACCUGGAGAACGUUCCCAGCACCGACACCAUCUACUUCCUCCAGGAGUUUCAAGCCUUAAAAAUAGCCAUGGAAGACAACCUCUCUCCGGCUCCGAGCUUCCAGAACGAGCUCAACUUCACCAAGUGCUCCCAAGCCGUCUGCGCCGUCAAGGAUGCGCUGUCAGCCGCCUGCAAAAGCCAGUGGGACUGUUUGCAGGGGAAAGGAGUGGAUGGGAUGAGCUUCCCGAAGAUGGAGGAAGCGAUGACCAAGUCUCAAUUUCCAGACAAGUCGAACAAUCCCGCCUGCCUGGAGAGCCGUGAUUACUUCCUGAAAUUUGCCUUCAUCAUCGACCUGGACAGCGACACGGCUGACAAGUUCAUCCAGCUCUUUGGCACCAAGGGAGCCAAGCGGGUGCUCUGCCCCAUCCCCUACCCGGAGAGCCCGACCCGUUUCAUCAACUGCGAGCAAGUGCUGGGCGUGAACCUCAUGAACCGGGGCAACUACUACUGGGAGGUGGAGCUCAUCGAUGGCUGGGUCAGCAUCGGCGUCAUCGCCGAGGUCUUCAACCCGCAGGACACCUACGACCACAGCCGCCUGGGCCGCAACACGUGGUCCUGCUGCCUGCAAUGGAACGGGCAGAACUACGCCGCCUGGUUCGGCGGCUUAGAGUCUGUCAUCCAGCAGCCGUUUUUCCACACGAUCGGGGUCUUCUUGGAGUAUUCGGAGAAGGCUUUGACCUUCUAUGGUGUCAAGGACUCCAAGAUGACCUGCCUGAAGCAGCUCAAGGCCUGCUCUUUCGGGAAGGCCCAGUCGGACCCUUUCCAGCACAAGAUCAACCAGCAGUUUGCCGCUCUGUUCUCCUUCAAGCUGAAACCGGCCUUCUUCCUGGAGAGCGUCGAUGCCCACCUGCAGAUCGGGCCGCUGAAGAAGGAUUGUGUUUCAGUGCUGAAGCGCAGGUAACUGCCCCAGGAGAAGGCCCAGCGGAGCCCUUCCUGCAGCGCACACAUCAUGGCUUCCCUCCGUACAUCGGGGGUUGCGGUGCAGCCCCUCUUGGCGAAGCACUUUCCAGAACUGCAGCUGCACCAUGGGUUGGAAGAGGCCUUCAAGAUCGCUGAGCGUCAACCUGACUGACUGUCACCUGGAGUCCCACUGCCAACCCGCAUCCCAGCGCUAACCCGUGUCCAAAGCCUCUCGAUGCCCAUCAGUGCCACAAACAAGAAGUGGGGAUCUCUGCAUCCCUCGUGUUUGGCACGCUGUGGAAAAGCCGUGCUCCCUCCUACAUGUGCUGGAGCCUUGGGCUCUUCCGCACCGCGUCCAAACAUCGCUGCUGGGAGAAGGAAGAGACUUGCUGAGGAACGCCAGCAUCACUCGGAGCACAGAGCAGUUCUGAGGAUGUGCUUGUAGUAGGCACGUUCUUUGGGAAUUGCUGGCAGAAGCCUUACGGUCAAAUUUCCCCUCACGUUUUUGAUGACCCUGCUAUUUUAGGGGAUUUUGACACUGUUAAGCUCCCAGUUCUUCAAGCACCCUGGGCACACCUGAGCUGUAAAUGCACCCUGUAGCUUAGAGAGCCUUCCAAACAACAACGAGGUGCCACAAGUAUGUCCCAGGGGCAGGCGGCAUUUCUUAGGCGCAUCGAUAGAAGUCAAUCAUUAAAUCCCUUAAAACACCAGGAACGAGUAAUAAUUAACAACAACUGCUCUCAAGCCCGUAUCCCAUCUGGGAAAGGUGGAGGCUUCUGGCACAGUGCCCAUUCACGUGCCCUAUAGGAGCUUUUCCAGCUCUGCCCUGACCACGCUGCAGAGGCGGCACAGUGCGGCUCCUGUCUCAGCCCACCCUGCCUUCCUCUGAGUUUAUUUUUCCUGGGCUUAGUUUGCUACCUACCUCCCAAGGCUCGCUUUACAGAAUCGUAAUGCUGGGUAAUAGAGACCUAAAGAGAAAAAGGUAUGGGGCAGGUUUCUUUGCUGGCGUGAAUGAGUCAGUGAUGACGCACCAGCGGUCAACAGGGGUGGAAAAACGGCCCGUUGAGCUAAAUAUACAAAAUAUAUAUAUAUGUAUUCCCCAGAGGAUAAGCUGGAAGUCAUAGUGAUCUAUUCAAAGGGAGCCAAGGGAAAAAAAACCAAUGUGAAAAACAGGCAGGCGUAAAGCCAAGACGGUUAGAGCUAUAGCCACGUUUACAUAAACACUGCGGCUCGGAGAGCUCCUGUUGCCGGUGAGUGGGUGUACUUUGCCCACAGAGGUGCCAGUCCCCAGCAAACAGCUGCUGCUUUCAGCCCUCAAAUGGAGCUGAGGGAACUGAAUGCAGCAAUCUGACCCCAGGGCAGGACAGGAGUAUUAGUACACAUCCACUGGGAUGUGCCCGAAACCGCUCCUACUCCUCUGCUCCUCCUGAAGAAAAGGGGAGUAGGACUUCCAGUGCUACAUCUCUGGAUGAAAUCACCAUGGCCAGGGGGAACACUGCCCAGAGGGGAAUUCACUCCCUGUGUCCUGAGUUCCUACCUCGGAAAUGCUUUGUUUCACUCGUGCCAGCCUCCUGCAAAACAGCCUCUGCACGAGGCAGUGGAAGUGACACAGUGCAAGCAUCGGGGCUGCGUGGUUAGCAGCAGAGGACUCAGUGUCAGCAGUGCCUUGCCAGAUAAGAAGCCUGGAGACGUGCAGCAGCGAUGUGCUGGGAGGAAGAGGAAGGUAACCCUGAUCUGCACUACACGUCUGUGGGAAGAGAUCUGGCAUGUGGGCUGUGUCUGGGCCCCAAGUGUCAUUUAUUCAGGCAAAAAUCCUACCGUUCGCUGCAAGGAGUUUUGCCAGAGUAAACAGAGCGGAUCUGGUUCUUUGCCCCGUUUUGUUCGGCCGUGGGCGGAUGGAUGGCUCCCUGGGGGAACGGAGCGCUCCAGCCGCGAUCCCUCCCUUCCCCACUUUGCCCAAACUGAAGCUGCAAGAUUCUGCUCCUUGCAGCUUUCAGCUGGUUCGUUGGGAUCCUGUGCUUUUCCUUUUCCAUCCCUGCAGCCCCAGGGGAGCAGCACCGGGAGCCUGGGCUUUGCUUCUGCUGCUUCUCGCAGUGAGAGCAUCGCUCGAUUCCUCCUGCCCCAUAGCUGGGUGCUGAUGUGCAGCUCACAGAGGGGUCGGGAGGGCUCCUAUAUAUGUGUUACAAACCCUCUCCUUCCUGCUGCUUCAUAUCCAGGCUGGAGGUGCUGGUGGUUUAAAGCAUAAAGCAAAUCCUGACCAACAUAAGAUGGGGGCUCCCACCCCCAGGUGUUGGAUCAGAGUUUGCUCUGUGUUGCCAAUAAUUUGGGGUGUAAACUGGAAUGAUUGGGAAAUGUGCACUAUGCCGGCCUUGGACCUCUGAUUUUUUUUGCUGCGAGCACCAUGCGUGGUGAGUUUAGAUAGAUAGCACUUUGCAAUUUAAACAGCCUUUCCGUGCUCCUUCGAGUUAUUUUUUGCUGUCACAGAGUGUUCCUCUUUUUAAUUAGAUUUUUUAAAUAUACAGUUAUUAUAGAAUCUCUUACAGUGUGUGAAGAAACUGUAACAGAAUAAUAUAAUGGUGAUAGAGACUUAUGAUUUGCCAUUAAAUGUUACACCAACAUA